UAUAAAUACAAGACUCGUAGUACCGUAGAUCAUCAGAGUCUGAUCUGCAGUGUCGAACGAAGUGUGUUGCAAUUGCAAGUUAAAAGCCUCCGUUUUCCUCGUGUUUUAGUGCUCUACUCCAAAGAUAUCACCAUGAAGUGCAUCGCAGUUCUCGUGCUUGCCGCGACCGCGCUGAUCGCUGAAGGAUCAGUAAUUCCGCUUGCUCUUGCACCUGGAUAUGCGCUCGCGCUCCCUGCAGGACUUACCGUUCCUGGUGCAACCGUGAUCCAGUCUAACCCACCACCGACGGUCGUCCAUGCCCUGCCGGCACCGGUUGCGGUAGAUGUCAACGGAACGCCUACCCUUCUGCUGGCACCAUCUCCCCUCGGACCGACCGUAGUUGCGCUUGCUCCAGCACCGGGAGCGACAGCCGUUUCGGCAACGCGUGGCGCUGUUCACGUGGCCCCACUGCCAGGACAUUCCGUGUCGCAGACGCAGCUGAACCUGGCCCCUGCUCCAGGAUCGGAAUAGAUCGCCGCGCUCGCGCGCAUGUGUUCUGAGUGAUGCUUGUCCAACCGGGAGCCGUGCCUGCUUAGUCAAACUUGUUCGUAUUAUGGCACGCGGUUAGGACGAGCUUGUAUUACCGAAAACUCUGCCGAAUCUAUUUUACAUCUGCAAAUAAAUGCAUAAUUCAAGCAAAUGAAA